UGAUGAUGAUGAUGAUGAUGAUGGUGAUGAUACUGAUUUUGAAGAUGAUGAUGAUGAUGAUGAUGAUGAUGAUGAUGAUGACGACGACGACGCACAGCGCCCUGCGAUCACGAAAGGAUGAUGGUGAUGAUAAAUCACCUCCUGUUGAUGACGUUGGUGCUGCUGCUGGUGAUGAUGAUGACGAGCAGCACCCUACUGAUGAUGAUCCCGACAAACCUUGAUGAUGAUGCGCCCAGCGCCCUGGUGAUGAUGACGCCCAGUGCCCUGAUGAUGAUGGCGACCCAUUUACGGGAUGAUGAUGAUGAUGAUGGCGGUGACAAACCGCUCCCUGAUGAUGAUGAUGACGAUGAUGAUGAUGAUGAUGAUGAUGAUGAUGAUAACGGCGACGCACAGCGCCCUGCAAUCACCACCCUGCGAUCACGAAAGGAUGAUGGUGAUGAUAAAUCACCUCCUGUUGAUGACGUUGGUGCUGCUGCUGGUGAUGAUGAUGACGAGCAGCACCCUACUGACGAUGAUCCUGACAAACCUUGAUGAUGAUGCGCCGAGCGCCCUGGUGAUG